AUGAGGGGCUUGGAUCUCAUGACAGUGAAGGCCUUUGUCACCGAGGACAUCCCUCUGUACCACAACCUGGUGAUGAAGCAUCUCCCUGGAGCUGACCCUGAACUGGUGCUCCUCAACAUCAGAUAUGAGGAACUAGAGAGAAUUCCCCUGAGUGACAUGACCCGGGAGGAGAUCAACCAGAUGGUCCAGGAGCUGGGUUUCUAUCGCAAGGAGUCACAAGAUGCCCCAGUGCCUGAGGAAUUCCAGCUUGCCCCCGCCAAGCCCCCGCUCCCCCUGCAGGCAAAAGAGGAGAACUCCAAAGUCUCACCCUCUGAAGCUUCUGCAGCCAAGAAUGAGAGCCCGACUGAACCCAACAACCAGGAACACCCUGAUCUCUAGGGAGCAGCAGGUUGUCUGUGGGGUCAGGUGCAUAGGGUGGGCUUGCAAGAGGAAGGGUUAGGGGUGUAGCUUGGAAGUUGUGUAUUUGCUUCAGUCUCUAGCAUGCUAGUAACUGAGCUUUUAGAUGGCUGUAGCAGUUUGACUCAGCAGCAGUGGGUUGGCUGGGACUGGAGCAAGUGCACAGGCAGAUCUGGGAUAGGGUGAGGAGGAGGACAUGGGCUGAGUUGGGUUGGACAGAGAACUUACCCCACACCAUUGCUUGGGUGACACAGCCUGUCCCCCCAGUGGUGCCAGCAGCAGCUUCAGUUCCUGGACAGCUAUUUUAUAGAGCAGUCACUCUGCAUUCUGUGUGCUUGCCCACAGCUGCAGCUGAAUGGAGCUGGGGCUGAUGUCAGGCACAGGGAGUGUCACUUGUACCAUGUGAGAGCAUCCUUAUCUCUCCCCACCCUGCUUUGCCAUUGCCCUUCCUCCCCUGUAGCCUGACUGCUAAGCUCCGGGUGUUUGCUCCAAUCUCUUUGGGGACUAAUUUGUCUGGAACAUGAUGGCCUUUGUGCUUUCCAUUAGCAGGGACCCCUAAGGUGUGGGGGACCAGGCUUAGUGCUUCUAUGCACAGGCAAUCCCUGUCUGCAAGGGACAGAAUGAAGCCCUCAGUGAAAGCUCUGGGAGCUGGGGGCAGAAGAGCUGAGUCCCAGAGGGCAUGGGAGAGCUGCAUGCAGGAAAGCGCAACCAGGUCCCAAGGGUGCUGGAAUCUGAUUGCUUGUAUCCAACUGGAGUAAAGUCUCUUUCAUCCA